AUGGAUCACUCAGCAGAUGCUCACAGGACGGAUUUGAUGACCAUAACGAGGUUCGUGUUGAACGAACAAUCCAAGUAUCCUGAGUCGCGAGGUGAUUUCUCUAUUUUGCUUAAUCACAUUGUUCUUGGCUGCAAGUUCGUUUGCACUGCUGUUAAUAAGGCGGGUCUAGCCAAACUUAUUGGACUUGCUGGAGAGACCAAUGUUCAGGGUGAAGAGCAAAAGAAACUCGAUGUCCUUUCAAAUGAAGUGUUCAUUAAGGCUUUAGUAAGCAGUGGUCGAACAUGCAUCCUUGUCUCAGAAGAAGAUGAAGAAGCAACAUUUGUGGAGCGUUCCAGGCGUGGAAGAUACUGUGUUGUGUUUGAUCCAUUGGAUGGAUCUUCCAACAUUGAUUGUGGUGUUUCUAUUGGAACGAUUUUUGGAAUUUACAUGGUGAAAGAUGGCCACGAACCAACUAUAGAUGAUGUGUUGCAACCUGGGAAAAAUAUGAUCGCAGCUGGCUAUUGCAUGUAUGGAAGCUCUUGCACGCUUGUUUUGAGCACUGGAACUGGUGUUAAUGGUUUCACCCUGGAUCCAUCCCUUGGGGAGUUCAUACUCACUCAUCCUGACAUUAAGAUUCCAAAGAAAGGAAAGAUUUAUUCAGUGAAUGAAGGAAAUGCAAAGAACUGGGAUGGUCCAACAGCCAAGUAUGUUGAAAAAUGCAAGUUCCCCACGGAUGGAUCCCCAGCAAAAUCUCUAAGAUACAUUGGAAGCAUGGUAGCCGAUGUCCAUCGCACAUUACUUUAUGGGGGUAUAUUUUUGUACCCUGCCGAUAAGAAGAGCCCCAAUGGGAAACUACGUGUUCUAUAUGAAGUUUUCCCGAUGUCCUUUUUGAUGGAACAAGCAGGAGGUCAGGCUUUUACCGGCAAGCAACGGGCCCUGGACUUACUUCCAGCGAAGAUACACGAUCGCUCUCCUAUAUUUCUUGGAAGCUAUGAUGAGGUCGAGGAAAUCAAAGCACUUUAUGCCGCCGAAGUGAAGAAAGCAUAA